AUGAAAUUCUCUUUAGUCUUAUUGUCAAUUUUAAUGACUGUCGCAAAUAUUCGAGCUACUUUUGACUGGAGUAACUUAGAUUUGAUGAAUUUUCAAUAUUUUAAAUAUCCAUCAACAACAUCAAAACCUUUAUUCUUCAAAUCUAACGGACAUUUGUAUUCUAUCCGUAAAAUUCCUGAAACACCAAGCAAAUUUGAGGAUUUCAUCAACAGAAGUAAGGCAAUGUAUACAUACAUAAAAGCAGUUGCACUUGGAACAAAUGAAGAGAGAAUCAGAACAACACAUAUUGUAGAUCCUGAUAUGGGAGAAAAAUUAAGUCAGCAAUUUCAAUUUAAACAUGGAAAAGGUGCAGAAAAGCUUGUUGAAUUUUUAGGGACUGGACCAUCUCAUGAAAGUUUAAAGAGUGCCAAUGUAAUUUAA